AGCACAGAUCAGCGCAGCACGUUCUUGGAUCGCCACCACAUCACCCACUGCAAUUCCCAAAAACCCCUUCUCUCUCUCUCUCUCUCGUUUCACGUUUUGCCAGGUCUACUUCUGCUGUCUGAAUCACCGCUGCCUCGGUCACUCACUGUGUCAAAUAAAUAAAAGUUAUAGUUCUGUUUUUUUAGGCAACUCUGUGACUUGCUACAUACAAGGACUCUUUUCACCUCUCUCUCUAUAUAUACAGUUAAAGGUGGCGUUUUGUGGCAUUGCAUGUAGUUUAUAGAGCAUCAGGCUUGCAAUGUCCCAAAGGACUACUGAAAUUCUUUAGACCCUUUUGAUUUCAAGUUCCACAAACAAGAUUUGCAAAAGACUGUGCCUUUCCACUUUGUGUGUGAUAUUGGAAUCUGUUAGCGUACAAGAAUCAACAGUUUGUCAGAGUUAAAUCCACCAAGAAUGAGGGGAGCUGUGCUAGUUGCGAUUGCGGCCGCCAUUGGCAACAUGUUGCAAGGAUGGGAUAAUGCUACUAUAGCCGGAUCUGUGCUUUACAUCAAAAGAGAAUUUGAUUUGCAGAGACAGCCUACCAUAGAAGGGCUAAUUGUUGCUAUGUCCUUGAUUGGUGCAACAGUCAUAACUACAUUUUCUGGACCGGUAUCUGAUUGGCUUGGACGGCGUCCAAUGCUAAUAAUCUCGUCUGUUCUAUAUUUUCUUAGUGGAUUAGUGAUGUUAUGGGCUCCAAAUGUGUAUGUGCUCCUCUUGGCGAGACUCUUGGAUGGUUUUGGAAUUGGUCUUGCCGUCACUCUCGUUCCUGUCUAUAUUUCUGAGACGGCACCGCCUGAAAUAAGGGGAUUACUAAAUACCCUUCCUCAGUUUACUGGUUCUGCUGGCAUGUUUUUGUCAUACUGUAUGGUCUUUGGAAUGUCUUUGACGAAUUCACCUAGUUGGAGACUGAUGCUCGGGGUUCUCUCCAUUCCUUCGAUGAUCUAUUUUGUAUUAGCAGUGUUUUUCUUACCUGAAUCUCCAAGAUGGUUAGUAAGUAAAGGAAAGAUGAAAGAGGCCAAGAGAGUUUUACAACAAUUACGUGGACGGGAAGACGUGUCAGGUGAAAUGGCUUUGUUAGUGGAGGGUUUGGGCGUUGGAGGUGAAACAUCCAUAGAGGAGUAUAUAAUUAGUCCAGACAAUGAUCUUGCUGAUAACCAAGAGCAUGCUGUUGAGAAAGACCGCAUCAAAUUAUAUGGGGCUGAGGAGGGCCAAUCUUGGAUAGCCAAACCUGUCAGAGGAGGAAGCACUCUGGGUAUAGCGUCUCGUCAGGGCAGUGUGGCUAAUCGAAGUAUGCUUAUGGAUCCCAUGGUCACUCUCUUUGGAAGUGUUCAUGAGAAGCUCCCUGAGAUGGGAAGCAUGAGAAGCAUGCUCUUCUCGAAUUUCGGCAGCAUGUUCAAUGUGGCAGAGAAUCAAGUUAAAAAUGAAAACUGGGAUGAGGAAAGCCUGCAACAAGAAGGCGACAACGCAUCUGAUGCUUCUGGGGCUGAAUCUGAUGACAACUUGAGGAGUCCGUUGCUUACACGUCAGGAUACAAAUCCUGAAAAGGACAAUCCUGGCGAACAACUCAGCGGUAUGGGAAUCGGUGGUGGUUGGCAGUUGGCGUAUAGAAAAGACGAGAACAGUUCAGGUCUUAAGAGGAUCUAUCUGCACCAAGAGGGUGGCCCUGGAUCAAGGCGGGGUUCUGUUCUUUCGCUUUCUGGUGGAGACAUCCCAGCUGAAGGGGAAUUCGUUCAUGCUGCUGCUCUAGUGAGCCAGUCUGUUCUUCGCGUGGAGGACAUUACGAGUCAUAAUUUAAUUGGCACAGCAACUGAUAAACAACCUGAAGCUGCUGCAAGAGGAGCAAGCUGGAGAGACCUUUUCGAACCAGGAGUCAAACAUGCACUGAUUGUCGGAGUUGGAAUUCAAAUUCUUCAACAGUUUUCUGGCAUUAAUGGAGUUCUCUACUACACUCCUCAAAUUCUGGAACAAGCCGGUGUGGGAGUUCUCCUGUCGAAUUUGGGAAUUGGCUCCGACUCUGCAUCUCUUCUUAUCAGUGCUCUUACGACGUUGUUGAUGCUUCCAAGCAUUGGUGUCGCCAUGAGGCUUAUGGAUAUCGCUGGCAGAAGGUGGCUGCUGCUGUCUACUUUACCUGUUCUAUUGCUGACGCUCAUCUUGCUAGUACUUGGCAACGUCAUCGACCUAGGAACUGUGGUGCACGCUGUUAUCUCAACCGUGAGCGUCAUUGUGUACUUCUGCUGCUUCGUCAUGGGCUUCGGGCCGAUUCCUAACAUCCUCUGCUCCGAGAUAUUCCCCACUCGUGUCCGUGGAAUAUGCAUCGCUAUAUGUGCUCUAACAUUCUGGAUCGGAGACAUCAUAGUCACGUACUCACUUCCCGUCAUGCUCAACUCGAUAGGCCUUGCUGGCGUUUUCUCCAUCUACGCUGUUGUUUGCACCAUUGCGUGGGUCUUCGUCUUCCUCAAGGUCCCCGAGACCAAGGGAAUGCCGCUUGAAGUCAUCACUGAAUUCUUUGCGGUGGGCGCAAAGCAAACUGCAGCAAGUGCAAAGAACUGAAGUGCUCCAUCACAUUCUCGAACCGUUGAAAGUUGGGUUGUUUUCUUUCUUACAAACUACUAUUAUCGGCUACCUACUCUUACAUAAUCGAAGGCGCUCCAUUGUUCGCUCUGAAAAGCUGCGAGGAUUAUCUGAAAGAAGGAAAGCUGUCACCUUUCUUUCUGAUUAUACCCACCCCUGCUUGUGUGCUGCUUGUUUUGUACCAUUCUUUAGCCCAAUUUACGGUGAUUUUUCACUAAAUAUAAAUUUUAGAUGAUUACUUUUUUGUUAAUUUCCUUAGUGGGUUCGUGGAUAGGUUGCUUUGAUCUGAUAAUGGAUUCUAAGUUAAAGUGAGCUCAUACUUACAGCAGCCUUGGGUUCAAUAUUUGAACUGGACAGGGCCAGAUUUCCAGCUUGUAUGAUUUAGUUCAUGCUACAUUUGGUGAUUUGUGCAUUGGGGCAUCAAUGAUUGAUACGUGCAUCUGAUUCUGAAUAAAAUAGAUAUAUGUUGAUUUUGUGUGAA